AUUUCCUUACAUCUGUAUUACUUUCUCCAAGAAAAUAUAUAUAUAAAAAUAAAAAUCGAAAAAGAAAAAGUGGAUAUUAUCAAGCAUGCUGGUCAGCUCCAGAACAUUCCCCCUCCCUUCUCCAACCUCAACUCUCCCCAACUUCACCGAAGCUUCGCCUUACUCAACAACGCUAACUGCCCACAAUUUUAUUCCCUGGAGGAACAGGAAAGGAGCAUGGACCCCGCGCACCGUGAUCAAGGUCUCUUCCUCCUCCUCAUCAUCAUUGGAAAAUCAGACCGCUGUCAUCGUUCCAUCACAAUCACAGGACGAUGCGGCGGAGGUUGUUAGGAGGUUCUACGCAGGAAUCAACUCCCGAGAUCUGGCAUCGGUAGAGCUCUUAAUUGCGGAGAAAUGCGUGUACGAGGACCUUAUCUUUCCUCGUCCAUUCGUUGGUCGCAAGGCAAUUUUAGAGUUCUUCAAAAGUUUCAUUGAUUCUAUAAGCAUGGACCUUCAAUUUGUUAUCGAUGAUAUCUCUGCUGAGGAUUCAUGUGCUGUUGGAGUUGCAUGGCAUUUAGAAUGGAAGGGAAGGGCUUUUCCUUUUAGCAAAGGUUGCAGCUUUUAUAGGCUAGAGAUGGUGGAUGGCAAAAGACAUAUAAUUUAUGGACGAGACGUUGUUGAACCUGCAAUCAAACCGGGGGAGGCAGCUUUGGGUGCCAUCAGGGCUGUAACAUGGCUGUUGAAACAAUUUCCUCAGUUGGCAGAUCAGCUAUGAAGGAAGCUAUGUUGGAGUAUGAACAUUCAAUUAAUAGGCAAAAAGCAUUCAGGUGAAGAAAGAUGGGUUAGAAGUCACAAGGAAUCAUAUUCUUUCAUCCAAUUGGCAAAAUGAUACAAGUACAUAAAUUGUUUAGGAAGGGAUAAAAAAAAGACAAAACAAACAAAUCUUGUUGAAGGAAGAUACCCGCUAUUUCCAGAUUCAGUUCGUUAUAGACAUAAUAAGGAUCUUUAAGUCACACUGCUUCCAGAUCUUGCUUUGUGAUAACGUCACCUUCUGUCUGCCAAGUUGGUAAUUUCUAAAUUCUGCUGUGACCCUUAUGUUGGUGGAUUCGUGGCAUUAAUCAUUGGAUUCAUGGUUUUGUUCCCCUCAUAGAAU